CCUACGCAGUAUUGACAAGUGCUCAAGUCACUGAGGUUAUACACACGCACAGAGAGAGACAAACAGGCGAGUUUCGGUGGCAAUGGAGAUCGUAAGCAGCAGCAGCCGGGACUGGGGUGCUCCAGUCUGCGGCGUCAAGAAGCCUCUGUUCGUCGUCUUCUGGCUGCUAAGCCUUUGGGUUCGGCGGUGCCGGGCAGACAGCGCCAUGGAGGAGAUCGCCACGGAGAAAGAGGCGGAAGAAAGCCACCGGCAAGACAGCGCUAAUCUGCUGCUCUUCAUCCUGCUCCUUACGCUCACCAUCCUGACCAUCUGGCUCUUCAAACACCGGCGCUUUCGCUUCCUCCAUGAGACUGGGUUGGCAAUGAUAUAUGGACUCUUGGUAGGAGUGAUCCUCAGGUAUGGCAUCCCCUCCACGAACAGCCACGGCAAGGUUCCCAUUGGCUGUGCACUACAGAACAGGGCAGUGACUACACUACUGGUAAAUGUCAGUGGAAAGUUUUAUGAAUAUUCCUUGAAAGGGGAAAUCAAUUCUGGAGAAAUAAACAAUGUGGAACAAGAUGACAUGUUAAGAAAGGUAACCUUUGACCCUGAUGUUUUCUUCAACAUUUUGCUACCUCCAAUCAUAUUCUACGCAGGAUACAGCCUCAAAAAGAGACAUUUCUUCAGGAACCUUGGCUCUAUCCUAGCAUAUGCGUUUAUAGGAACUGCAGUAUCGUGCUUUGUCAUAGGAAACUUUAUGUAUGGAAUUGUGAAGCUGAUGUAUGCAGUAGGCCAACUUGAAGAUGGAUUUUACUACACAGACUGCCUGUUUUUUGGUGCCAUCAUUUCUGCUACUGAUCCAGUGACUGUUCUUGCCAUAUUCAAUGAGCUUCAAGUAGACGUUGACCUUUACGCACUACUGUUUGGAGAGAGUGUGUUGAAUGAUGCUGUGGCCAUUGUGCUGUCAUCGUCAAUCGUUGCUUACCAGCCAGCAGGUGAGAAUAGCCACACCUUCGAUGCAGCUGCUUUCUUCAAGUGUGUGGGUGUCUUUCUUGGAAUAUUCAGUGGCUCGUUUGCCAUGGGAGCAGUAACUGGAGUGCUGACUGCUCUGGUCACCAAAUUCACCAAGCUGCACUGCUUCCCUCUCCUGGAGACAGCACUGUUUUUCCUGAUGUCGUGGAGCACCUUCCUCCUGGCAGAAGCAUGUGGAUUCACUGGUGUGGUUGCAGUCCUCUUCUGUGGAAUCACACAGGCGCAUUAUACCUACAACAACCUGUCACCAGAGUCAAGAGACAGAACAAAGCAGUUGUUCGAAGUUCUGAAUUUCCUGGCCGAAAACUUCAUAUUUUCCUACAUGGGUUUGGCACUAUUCACGUUUCAGAAUCACAUCUUCAACCCCAUCUUCAUUCUGGGGGCCUUUGUAGCUAUCUUGCUGGGGCGAGCUGCCAACAUUUACCCAUUGUCUUUUUUCCUGAACUUGGCCAGAAAGCACAAGAUUGGCUGGAACUUCCAACACAUGAUGAUGAUUGCAGGUUUGAGAGGAGCCAUGGCCUUCGCUCUUGCCAUCCGAGACACCGCUACCUACGCCAGGCAAAUGAUGUUCACCACCACCCUGCUAAUUGUCUUUUUCACCGUCUGGGUUUUCGGUGGGGGCACCACGCCGACGUUGUCAUGGUUACGGAUCAGAGUUGGUGAUCGAGUUCCGUCGGCAGAGGAUCUGGCUGAUGAUCGCUGGAGCUACUUCAGAGUCGGAGUUGAUCCAGAUCAGGAUCCAGCUCCCAACACUGACAGUUUCCAAGUGAUGCAAGGCGACGUUGCACACCCUGAAAGGACCAGCAGAACAAAGCAGGAAAGUGCGUGGCUGUUCAGGCUGUGGUACAGCUUUGAUCACAAUUAUCUGAAGCCAAUCUUAACACACAGUGGCCCCCCGCUCACUGCCACACUGCCCAGCUGGUGCGGUCCUAUAGCACGGUGCUUAACAAGUCCUCAAGCAUAUGAAAAUCAAGAGCAGCUUAGAGAUGAUGAUUCUGAUCUCAUCCUCAAUGACGGUGACCUGAAUUUGACCUACGGAGGAAGUACACUAACUGCCAAUGGCUCUUCCAGCUCAGGUACUGCAUCCAAUAGUGUGGAUGGCAAAAGAGCCAAGAGUAUCUCAGAAGAUGUACUGGAACGUGAUUUGGGAACAGAGGAUCAUGAACUUAUUACAAGAGGCACCAGAUUAGUUUUCCCCUUGGAUGAUCAUGCAUGACUGCAGUGAUGUUAGCGAGCCACAGAAUAGCCUAAGAAGGAUCGAAGCCUAUUUUGUUCUUGGCAAUGAGAUUGAACUGGUUUACUUGUGUGAUGAUUUUUUUCUCGCUCUCCCCAAAAUCUCUUGGCUCAGCUAUUUAAAAUGUGAGAAUGUGAAAACCUCUGUGGCAUUUCAUUAAGCUUUUACUUAAAUACGAAAUUGCCAUGACCCUUUGGUGUACUACUAGUGCCAUCGCUGUUGUAAUUAUCUCAUUGACUGAUUAGCCUCAACACUGUGAUGCUUCUCUUAAAGUCCCAGUUACAGUGCAUACCCGUUGCUGGUGCAGCGUGUCUGCACUGCAAUUGAGUGUGUCGUAUGAUGCUGUCAAACUCAAAUUUCCACCACCAGCAUCAUAUAUCAGCUGCAGUUAGUUUGCAGCUAACUUCUACCCUGGUAUACAAAGUAAUCGACACCUGGGGCUGCUGCACUGUCAUCGCAUUCCCAAUAGAGGCGAAAAGACAGUUAUCUCUUUUCUGCUACUAGAAGUGACACUGGAGUCAAUUGCUGGUGAACAGAGCUCUGAGCACGUGUUUCAGUGGAACCGCGCUUGCAUUUUAUACCUCCUCCCAGUGGUAUGAGCAGUUACUGGGAACACAGAUACGUACUCACAGCACUGCUAAAGUGGCAUCUCAUGUUGGUGCAGUGUAAUUGAUGUUGUCAGGCUGAAGGUCGUGGCAUAACAAGAGGAUAGGCUUGUCUUGGGAUGGAGUGUGUGUGUAUGUGUGUGUGUGUGUCGGGUUGGGGGGGGGAGUUGGUGGGGUGGGAAGGAUAUUAAAACCUCAGUGGACUGUGAAUUUUAAUUUUGUCCUUCAAAGAUUUUGCAUGGUAUAGAGAAAGGACAAUAAGCUUACUCUACAAACUGAAGGCACAUUGUUUUCUUACUAGUGGUUUUGCUCUAGUAAAACUUAGCUCACACCAUUGUGUAGCUAUUGUAUCCUUUAACCAAUGUCACUUUAAGAUGUUCACUUUUUUUUAAACUACUAUCUACUAGUUAAUGAGUCAUUUAAAAAGAAAGCUGUAAAACUCUUAGUUCAUGAUGCACAUGGAGAAGUAGGCUGUGGAUUUUUUUUGUCACAAUGUGCCACUAUGACAACUAAAAUGUUUCUCAGUGUUAUAUUAUCUUUAGGGCAGAUAGUUGAAUAAUAUCCAUCUCUACCUUUAACCUACCAGGGAGUACAAAGCGAUGUCAGGAUUCUUUCCUUGUUUGGUCACAUCUAACCUGUCCUAAACAGCAUUGCAGUAAUGGCAGUUAAAGAUGCUGGUAAAUUGGAACAAUGCAGACCUGAAGAUAAUUAACAACUUGUUUCUUCUUUACAUAAUUUUUUGAUGUCUUAGAGGGGAUGACACAUGAUUAUUUAGAUCCCCACUUCCAUUCAUAUCAUUAUAAGGGACCAUGUUCCAAAGCUCUUUUUUUGGAGAGGGUGGGCCCUGGAAAGAGGCCUUUAGAGGUUGACAUCAGAGGACUGUAGGUUUUAAGUGAGAAUGAGGUAAAUGGGUUUAAAAACUGCUGUAAUCUUUUCAAAAUCACACAGAACAAAUGCCCAGGAGGGCAGACUUUCCAAAGCGCUUUUUUUCAACGUUUGACCCUUCAUCUUAAAGUACAAACACCCCCGAGAAGAAAUAGUUGUAUGAUUCACCUGCUUUCACCCUGACAUAAAUGGUCAAGCUAUCCUUUCCAUGUUCUUGUAACUGGCAUCAUUUUUUUUAAAAAAUAAGGCAUUAUUUUGAAUUCCUCAGACUAGAGAUAUCCUAAAAUGCUCUUUGCAAAAAAACAAACUUUUCAGCUAAACUUUUCUUAGCUGAAAUCAGUCAGUGGAAGGAUUCCACAUCCCCUGAUCACAAUAUAAUGUCAAAUUGGAAUGGCAGUUGAACGGAGGAUGCAAUUUUUGCUUCGCUGUAGGAAUGCAAAGCAUUUGUGCUGCAGACUCAUCAAUCAGAGGAGAAAAUGUGGUAAUUGUUCACAAGAGGCAGUUGCUCUUUGCAGCAGGAGGUGGCUGAAGGUUAUUACGGACAACUCCAUGCAGUGAGUCAGCAGCAAUUGCUUAGCAACUCUGUACAAUUCCCCAGGCAACUAUAUUUGACAAUUCCUUAUGAGAUUGACUGACAAAAUUUAUUAGACCUCGUAAUGUAUCCAUUUUUAUUUGUGUUAUCUUGAUACUAUAUAACUACUAGCUAGUUGGCCGUUGGGUCAUACACUAAGUGAGACAACAACAAAAACAUUUUGCUUUAAAGGAAUAUAAGGCAAAUUCAAAUAAUUUUUUUUUAACGUAAGUCUGUGAUAAUUUCAGGGAGAUAGAUGUCUUUUUUAAUGAUAGAAUGAUCUCGUUAAGAUUGACCAGAACCUGUUGUUACUUGAGUUCAUUUUGUUUUGCCGAGGCUUUGUGUUUGCACUGUGGUACUUCAUUUCAUUAAGAUGCAAGUUUACUGUAUUGUGCAAAGGGAAUAAAGAGGUAGAGCUCUGCUGAUCAAGCGAUUGAAUUGACCCAAACCUAAAAAAAGACUGUUGUUGACCUACAUGGGACAUUCCCCGGUAAAGCAUUCCUUAAGGCCUUCAUGGGCACUCAUUUUAAUUAAAUCCAUGGUUAUGUGAACAUUUACGUUUAAUUUUUUUUUUGUAAGAGCUUGAAUUUCACAUAAGGAGUGCAGACACAAUGUCCGAAGGACUGUCGGAAACAAAAAUGAACAUUAAAGCUGCCGCGUUGCUGUACGUCAGUGUUCAGCAGUCUAUAUUUUAGUCAAUGUGACAAUUAUUUUGCUAGCAUUUUUUGUCCCAGUGACAUUGAAAGUUUCACCCCUAAAAUCUGCUCCAUUGAAUGCUUGUACAUCAUUGUAUCAGGUGGCACUGGAAGAGUUUCCUAGCCUGCUGGCCAGGUAUGUUAAGGUGGGAAGGAUCAAGUGGCAGCUGUUCAGGGAAGAAGUUUUCCAGUUUUGCCUGCAUCCAUAAUUAAUGACAAUGAAUGAAAUGGGCAUCUCUCCUUUUUUCAGAAAACAUUUAACAUUAUUAUUCUUAUGUGAGGCACAGGCACCAAACUAAUGCAAUCUGACAAGCUUAAACUUGAUUAGGUCAAUAUUUUUCAGGAAUAGUGGAAGUGCUGAUGAGUCACCAGCACACUCAAAGCAAAUUGAACAGCUUUGCUGGUAACAACAAGCUUUUCCUAAUGAUGCUCUCGGUUGGUGGGAUUCUAACUUUUCUCACACACUUUGUUGGUUGAAUUGUGAUUCCAGACCCUGGUUCAUUUUGAUCUUUAUUGUUAGAAUUUGAUCUGUGAAAAACACCGUCCAUACUCUGGCAAUUACAAUUUGAUCUGUGCUUUGAAGACAAAACAAAAUGGUACGUAAAAGCCAUCUUUAAAAAAUGUAUAGAUGUGCAAAACAUUCUCCGAUUUCAUGAGCUAUAUCAUUAACAUGACAGCAAAGCUUGCUUUCAUAGCUUCUUUAAUGUAAAAAUAUGCCCAAAUGUUCUUGAAAUAAAUGUAAUCAGACAAAAAUUCACACCGAGCCAGAGAGGACAUGUUAAGAAGGGUGACUAAAAUUUUGGUCAAAGAGGUUCUUUUUAGGGCGUGUCUUAAAGGAGGAGAGAAAACCGAAGAGGUUUAGAAUCUAAACAGCCAAAAAACAUGGCUGCCCAUGGUGGUGUGGAGCUCUGAGAUUGGUAGAGCUGAAGGAGGUUACAGAGACAGGGCCAAGAGGGAAUUUGAACAGAAGGAUGCACAUGUUAAAAUCAGUGGACCAGGAGCCAAAAUACAGGGAUGAUGGGUAAGUAGAAUGUUGUGGGAGUUGGGUUAUGAGCUGCAGAGUUUUGGAUGAUGGGAGGGUGGGAGGCUGGUAAGGAGAUAAUUGAUAUAGUCAAGCCCAGAGGUGAGAAAGGCAUGGAUGAGGUUUCCGCAGUGGAUGGGCUGAGGCAGGAGUGGAGACGUAUAAUAUUAAGGAAAUGGAAGAAUAAAAUCUUUAUGAUGAUGAGGAUUUAGGGUCAGAAGCUCAGCUCAGGAUUAAAAAGGAUGUCGAGAUUGCAAAUUAUCUAGUUGAACCUGAGAUAGUGACCAGGGAGAGAGAUGGAAAAUGUAGAGACAGUGCUCCUUUUAAGUUAUUUCUACUUUUCAUAUGCUCAGAGAGAGGCAGCCAGACUCUUCUAACAGAAACAUGCUCUUCUUGAGAUUGGAUUUUAUGUUAUCUUAAGUGGCCAGAAUGGUGCCAAUUUACACGGCUACAUGGGCCAAUGUUAGCUAAAUGCAAUUAAUAUAGUUUCACUUGGCUGCUCAUCCAGUAUCAUUGGCCAAUAAUGUUCAAAUACAGUGAGUAGGUUUUCCGAUUUCUCCUUUUUAAAUGCAGAACCAUCUCUGGAUGUCCAUGCACAGAAAUUAACUUCUACAUCCGCUGCACUUUGCCUGGUUUCUCUAAAGCCUUUCCUCUAUAGCAGCAGGCCAAUUCUUGGUAAAGUGAAAGUUUGAUUCUUUCCGUCCCUCCCUCUGCUGAUGAGCCUUUUUAAGAUCAGCAUGUGUUUUGCAAGUCACUUUUUUAUGUUGCAUAAGAAAUAUUCUGUCACAUGUUUGUAUGGUCACUUGCAAAUCGCAAGUGAUUGCAAAUGAUGCAUCUAUUCGUUAACUACUGUACUGUUACCAACAAUGUGGUGGAGGUGGGAGAAAUUUAACUGAACGAUUUCUCACAAACCUUAAUGGUUCCUAGGGCCGUUGUCCAAUUGCUCACGUGUUAUCAAAUCAGCGAGCGGGAUUUUCUGGUCCUGCCCACCUCUAGGAUCAUCCAGUCCUGCCAAAAAUCAAUGGACUUUUGGCAGGGCUGCUGAACCUCCCGAGGUGGGUCCUGCCACAACAGGACCGGAAAAUCCCAGCCAACAUGAUUUAUUUUGUGAAAGCCAGAGCUCUGGCUUUUGUUUUAACAGUCUACAUUUUCAAAAUGCAUGUUCUUACCAUUCAUGUUACUUUAUUCCCAUGCUGUAUCGUGGAGCAAUUGAGUGCAAAUGUAAGAAAGAAGUCUGAGAUCCCGUGGUUUAUAUUCUGUAGUAAUAUCUCUGUGGAAUCGCACACAUCACACGUUUUUCACAUAGAACCAUCUCUUGCACUCGCGAGCAUGGCAGAUGAUCUUUAGCACAGGAGUCCAUUAUUUGCUAAUGAAUUAAGUCUUGAGAGAAAAUAACUUUAAAUGUCCUGUACAUGUAAGGGUUUCAGAUGUCAAAUGGUUAAAAUUCUAUUGAAUUUUAACAGAUUCAGCACUUUAGCAACCAACCCUCCAUGUGUUUCUCCAUUACAUUUUUAAAAAAAAACCACCAGGCUGGAUCGAAAGUUUACCAUGUGCAGAACAUCUAUUUAAAUUGCAAGUAAGGAAUUGGUUUCAGUGCGGCCUUUGUGCAUUUUGUGAUUAGCUGUCCUCUGCAUUCAACUCUAUGAUCUUUGACUGAAGAACCAGCCAAUUGCUAACAAGUGGCCCUGUGUACAAGACUCAAUGCGAAAAAGACUUGCCAAGUUUCCAAUAUGUCUUGUACUCAAGCCCAUGAGUUGGAAACCGUGGGGAGGGAAAAAGAGGAGAGGAGCGGAGAAGAGAGGUAAUAACCAUCUGUAUUAUUUUCCUCAUGGUUCCACAAAUCUUUAAUACCCCACCUUUUUCACCCAUUUUUCUUCUGCUCAUGCCUCUCUCUGCAGCCAAUAGAAGAUGUCCUAGAAAAAGGGAAUUUUACUCAAUUUACAUUCCUAUCUAUUUUUAAACAGUGCUCCUAAUGUUUUCUGGUCUUCCAGUCUUCAAGAAUUUGUGGUGGUUUCUAUGGACUGUUACUAUCAUGAAGAGCUUGAGCAAAUUGAAAUGAUUCAUGAUUUCCAUCUUUGCCUGUUUUGUUAAUCUAAUCACAAGAAGGAACAACAACGCAUAGACUUAAUGAAUUAUGUGUUAAAUAUUUUUGUCUCCUGCCCAAUCUCAACACACACGGAGGGGAAAAUGAGCAGGGGGAGGAAACAGGGUGCACUUACAGUCAUACUGAACACAUCUUUUAAGAUUAGCUUUGCUUUUUUUCUCUUCAGUCUAUCUGUCCAACUUGGUGUGAUGGAAGUUUGUUUCUUAGCCAUCUGCCCUCGCCAAUGGUAUCCCCAGCAUGUGGGUUUGAGGCAGGUAGUGAGCAAGCAAAGCACUCCAUAACCAAUCCCAUUGCAUCUUGGUAAUUAUUGAAGUGUAGUUCUUGGAUUUUUGAAAAUAAAUAUUAAUAUAUAUUUUUCUGCUAUGCAGAACUGUGCAAGAAAUUUGAAGAUGUAAAAGGUCUUUAGAAAGUCAUCUACGCCAGGUGACGCUAUUGUUGACUCCUUGUUUUGCGGUCCUUUGCGUCAGGUUUGAUUGUCUGCCCCAUGCAAACUGUUGUGUGUCUUGGGUUUGCUUUAAUUUUACCUGAAAGGAAAGGGGAGAAAAUAUUAUUUGUUAAUAUUCCGAUAGAAUGUGAAUUAGAAAUUGUAGCAGGGGAGGGAAAAAGUACAUGUCCACUAUAAAAGUAAAAAUUGACAUCUCUGUCAACAGUACUCAGUACAGCAAAGGUCAGUCAUGUUGGCAAAUUAUCAUUCGCUGUUUUAAAUGGUUGCUGUUUGUUGACUUUGGAGUUUGUUCAUGUGCUUGUGCCAUAAAAACAAUGAUUCCUUUAGUCUAGUGUGAUGUCUUUUAAACAGUUUCAUUACCUAGACCAUCUGGACCUGAGAUGACACUGAAAUAAAUAGCGUCCAUUUGUCAAAUGGUAGCUAACUUGACCCUGUGUUUCCAAUCCAAACGUGAGUUGUUUUCCUAAUUCUAAUAAUGUGUACCGCAGUGCAGGUUAAUGUACUAAUGUAAUCAUGUCUCAUCAUGCAUGGUACAGAAAGAUUCAAGUGUAUAUGUUGUCAUAAAAAUAAAAAUUAAUAUAAACCAA